GUCAGUUGGCAAUAUUUUUUUGUGUUAACUGCGCCUUAUAAGGAAACAAAUGCAAAUAAUCAUUCAAAAUGCGCCGCAACGUGGUUCCACUGAUGGCAAAAUGCUGAGCGAGGUGACGAUACGACACUUUUGUGUUCUGGGGGCAACGCUGUCUCCGACUGCUUCAACCAAUUCCUUGGAACGUCUGGGUCGUUGAUGAUGUCCCGUACUCAAGAAAAUUCGAAACCAAAUGAUGGAUAGUGUUGUCAGGCGUGCAUGUUUGCCACGAUAUUUUCGAGGAUAUGCACGUUGCGUUAACACAACUGAACGACGAUUUUCAAUGUACAUUGUGACUAUUUCGGCGUGUUGUUUCGGUGUAAAGCGAUUCAUGACUAAAAUUGUAGUAAAUUGACGUUUCAGAAAC